GGAUUGGAUGCCCGCCCUCUUCCAAGAUGGCGCCUGCUAGAAUGACGUCACUGGUGUGCGCCGGGCGGUCAGGCAGAGCAGUGCGUUCAAAGAAGGAGACGCGGUGUGAGAGAAGACAAUGGCGAACGCCGGAGUUGUGACGGAAGUCCCCGCGGUGCUGAAGCGCCUGGCUAAGUACGUGGUGCGCGGCUUCUACGGGCUGGAGCACGCGCUGGCCCUGGACAUCCUCAUCCGGAACCCCUGCGUGAAAGAGGAGGACAUGCUGGAGCUCCUGAAAUUCGACCGCAAACAGCUCCGCGCCGUCAUUAACACCCUGAAGAUGGACAAGUUCAUCAAAUGCCGCAUGCGGGUGGAGACCGCCUUCGACGGCAAGACCACGAGGCACAACUACUACUUCAUCAACUACAGACUGCUGGUCAACGUGGUGAAGUACAAGCUGGACCACAUGAGGCGGAGGAUCGAGACCGACGAGCGGGACUCCACCAACCGGGCGUCCUUCAAAUGCCCCAACUGCUGCAGCACGUUCACCGACCUGGAGGCCAAUCAGCUGUUUGAGGCAACAUCAGGGAAGUUUCUUUGCACUUUCUGUCACACGGAGGUGGAAGAAGACGAGUCGGCGAUGCCGAAGAAGGACGCCCGGACUCUGGUCGCUCGGUUCAAUGAACAGAUAAAGCCUUUAUACGACCUGCUGAGACAAACCGAAGACAUCAACCUGGCCUAUGAAAUCCUGGAGCCGGAACCUACGGAGAUCCCGUCUCUCCGGCAGAGCAAAGAGCGCGCAGCGGCUGCAGCAGCCGCGGCCGCCGGACCCCAGAGGGAGACCUGGUCCAAGGGCACUUCGUACGGGGAUAUGUAUACGCAGGAUGUGGUCAUCAGCAUGGAGGAGCAGGAGAACCCGCAGAAGUUGGCCGGCGAGAACAAACCGGCCAAAGAGAGGCCCAUCUGGCUGAGGGAGAGCACUGUACAGGGCGGAGCCUACGCCGAAACCGCCAACAUCAAAGAUGGCCUGGACCCAGAAGGUUUCCUCGACCACGGGGAGGGCCGUCCAGGGGCCGACGACAACGAAGAGGUCAUGCAGGCGCUGCUGAAACACGAAAAGAAGGCGGCGGCGGCCGCCCUCGGAGCAUCCGCAGCUCCGGCAGCCAGCGUGGGCGCCGGCAGCGACUCCGACAGCGACACCAGCGAGUCCGACCAAGACAGCCCGGCUCCCCGCCACCCCGUGGCUUCCCUCCGCUUCCAGCAGGACGAGGACGACGAAGACGAGUUCGAAGAAGUGCAGGCGGUUCCCAAGGUCACCGUCGGGGGGCGGAGCUACCUUUACAGCGAGGUGAGUCAGCGGCCCGAACUGGUGGCGCAGAUGACCCCUCAGGAGAAAGAAGCGUACAUCGCGAUGGGGCAGAAAAUGUUCGAGGACAUGUAUGAGUGAGUCGCAAGCCCGUCGGACCGCGGCAGGGUGACGUCACGCCUCCCGAUACCGACUAUCGAAUUUCUUCCGCCAGCCUUCGCCGACGUAUAGGUUUUUUAAUUCGCCUUUUUGGUUUUUAGUAUUUGACAUUUUUAAGAUUUUUGUUCUGUACAUCAGCAGUCACGCACCCCCCAGCUUGAGAAGUAAAGGAGGCGGUCCUUGCAAGAAAAAAUGGCUGCCAGUGGACUGGAUACAGCGUGUAAAUGGCUCCUUAAGAAGAAGCAGCUGCUGGCGGGAUUUUAAUUUAUUUUUAUGGUCUUUCAUGGUCAGCGGUAAUGCAACCCUGAGCAGCUUCAUCCAAUACAAGAACAAGAUGGCUGCCGUUGUGUAUGAGUGGAGGGCGGUUAUUGUGCUAGUCCAACGAGAUACCGCUUGUACUGUAUGGCACCAGUCGCAGGCAAGCGGCGAUCACAAUUAUCUGCUCAUGUCCUUUCCCAAGCUGCAUUUUUUCACAUCCAAUAAAGUAGAAGUAGAACUCCGUAGUGUUAGAUUUGAGAGUUUAAGUCUCAGGGGUUGCUUUGUUUUUAGGAGGUUAGGUGUUGGAUUUUAGCGUUACAGGUUGGAUUAGUGUUAGGGUCUCGUUCACACCCGUUGCAUUGCUCAAUGCAGGCUCAGCGCAAGAAGUGAGGGGGGGGGGGCAGGGGUUAGGAGAGAUUAGCUGACCACAUUAUCACUGGCCCAGAUUCAAAGAGCAAUUGCGCCUGCGUAACCAUAGUUGCGCAGCGCAAUUGCUUACUUGCCCCGGCG